GCAAACGGAAAACGCCAUCGGUCGCGAUUAUAGCAGGAGCAGCAGGAAUCGAAUAGUUCGUAUUUAGCAGGAAACUGGCUGGCACACUAGACAGAAUCGAACAGGCAGCGGCGCAGUAGACUAUAGAGAAAAAAUCGUACACAGACCAGGCAAGGUCAUUUCUGUUUUGUAGCUUUUUCGGCAAAAGUUUCGAAAAUGAGAGUGAAGUUGCUGGUACCCCUUCUGAUAGGAUGUGCCUGUUUAGUAGAAUCUCUACCGGCUACUUCUAAACGAAUAGAUGACAGUGUGGAAUUUGUUGAUCCCAAUUAUAAUUUCGGAGACCAACCGAUCAUUGAUACUGGAGCUUUCGACGGUCCAUCGUUUUCGAAUCCUUUCGGCGGCCUUUUUGAAAAUCUAGAAGUCGGUGGAAAUUCAUUUCCAGUUCCACACCUGCCUGGUGCUGACAACCUCGACCUUGGGAAAGGAAACACCACAUCAGUCACUAAAGUCAUCGACGGUCACAAAGUGGUGAUCAACGAUACCGAGUACAAAAAAUCUGACGAAUUCGGCGAGUCGUUCUUCCACUUCCGCGUCGUGGACGUCCAACCGGACGACACGUCCACGGAAAAGGACGCCGAAGGGACGGCUUCUUCGACGCCGAGAGACACUGAAACUGUGGAGGACAGCUUGGAAAAUGAGAUACCAAAGGGCAGGGAAAUCGUUAGAGAUGGGCCAGAAAAAUUGAUGACGGCUUAAUACUUUUUGACAGUAUCCAAAUACGAGGAAUAUAUUCUUUGCUAUAUAUUUUGUAGUAUCUGAACUGCCCUGCAUCGAAAAUUGAACACUGAAAAAAGUAUCUCAUUCUUACAACCAUAACCCUAUUAAAAAAAUAUGUUUCUUGGGGGUAAUCAAUACAAUCAUAAUCAAUCUAUUAUUGAAAAUAAAUGAGUGAAUAAUGAUUUUUGAUAUACAGGUAGUUUCAAAAUUCAGUAUUAAGAUUUCAGAGCUUAUUAUUCCUCAUGUCAAGACCAGUUUUCGAGAAAUCUUGAAACCUUUUGGGAACACAUGUUUAUGGAAUGGAAGGUCCUAUUUUGAACUGGAAAUAAGCCCCUGAAAGCUUUAUCUUGAAUUUUAAAGCAGCCUGUAUAUUGAUUUAUUAUUAACAUUCGUUGAUUUAUUUGGUGUCGUUUUUUUUGCAGGGCAGGGUAUAUAUUUAUUUUAUAUGCUAUAUGUUUUAUGGAACUGAUGCAAAUUGCUGGAAUGUUUUCCGUCGAUCGUUUAGCUGAUAAUGUUGUUGGAAUUUAAGGUCACCUAGCUCCAAACAUAUUGCUACUGUAAUUCAAUGAUGUGAAGGUAUAUACAUACUUAACUAUGUGACGAAACUUCAGAGGGUUAAUUUCAAGAGAAAAAGUUCAUAUAUAUAGACAUGGGUAGGUACGGAAAUGCAUAUAAUUUUUUCGCAAAUAUCCUGAAAUCCUUUGCCCAAUUUUGAUGUUCUUCUAAUUCAAGUGUUUAUUAUGAUAAUUUUCAUCUUAGCAACAUUAGAAAAAUCAACCCUUGAAGUUUGGCCACUUUGAUCAUCUUCAAAUAUUUCUCAUUCAGGAAAAUCUCCAUUAUUGAAGAAAAACGUUCUAUAAAAUCAUACAACUCCACCACUAUUUUUCGAAUUUGAUUUUUAUCAUUGAGACCAUAUAUAUUAUUAUAGUAAAUAUAAUGAAGCAGUUUUCAAAAUUAUCAAAAUCUUCCUAGCAUGAAUCUGUCAAGGUCUAACAAGAAAUUAAUAAUAAUUAUAUGGAAAUAUCCACUGAAUUGUAUUACAGUUGCUACAAUAAUCCAUUACUUUACUGUCGGAGAUAUGUUAAUAUUAUGUUAUUAUAUCAAAUUAUACACCUACUUACUGUAGCACUAUUUUGACAUUGCAUCAAUAUUUCAGUGUGUACAAAUGUCUUAUUAUGUAUAUAAAUAUAUAACUUCCACG